AUGUCUACCGCAAAUGCUCCCUGUCGCACCCGUCCGUCAAAUGCAACCACCCGUCCUGGCCAGGUAGUCCUCGAUGCACAGGUCAAGAGGCAUACCAAGGUGCAAAAGAACGCUGAUGACCUUGCCCUCAAGGAAGCAAAGGAAGCAAAGGAAGCACAGACCCAAAAGGGACUGGAGCGCCUGGCUGGUAUGCAAAAUGAGAUGGGACAGGCGCAGGAGGAAUUACUCACAAAAAAAGCGGCUCCUGUUCGGCCUAAGCCAAGGGCUCGUAAGGCGACAAAGCCUGUAGUAGGGAAUGGUGAUAAUCAUACUGACAGCCUAAUGGACGCUGAUGAGGCAGACAGCCACCAGGAGGCUGUCAAGAACAUGGAGGAUGAAACUGUAGGAGCAAAGAAGAAGAGGGUAAUGAAGAAAGGUGGAAAGCCGUUGAUAAGGGACGCUAUCAGCAACAUGCAAAACAAGAUCAGCGAAGCAUCAUCGAAAGUGGAAGGUGAUAACGCCAUGACACAUGUAUCUGAUGGGAAAGAUACACCAACACUUAUCAAUGCGAGCACCCAGAAAAUCACUUUAGGUGGGCGUAUAGCCAAAUGGGCUUCAAGUAUCACGCCCGGAAAAUCAGAGCCAAGGUCACAGACACCCACUGGCACCAGUGCCACUCUAGCGCCUCCAGCAACAAUUUUCUCACAAAGCACUGCCUCCACUACGGCGACUUCUGAACUACAGAUCCCGAUUCGGAAGCCUGUGGCGAACGCUCAAAUUCCAAAUGCAGAAGUCGUCAUCGGAAGCUUUGAAGAUGAUAUUGAUGAUACAUUGGAGCGUGAGACUACUAUCGCACAAGGCAAAGGUAAAUCCAAGGUUGCCUCCAUAUUUGAUGACAACUCGGACUUCAACGAGCCUAUAGCUCCAGUAGCGCAUGAGUCGGAUGAUGAUCUUGCGACUUCGCCCGCAGAACACGAACAGUACUCACUUGAGCCUAAGGCUCCAUUUACACAGGUGGAAAACCCUCUCAAGCGGAAAGCUUGUGUGGAUGAGUUCAUAGAUGACAACGAGGAGUCUAUGGUGUCCGACUGGUCCAUGGACAUCGAAGGCGCGGAUCUUGAAGAUGCGAUCAAAAAUUCUGAGGACGCUUCUGAGCCCGAACCUGUGGUAGUGAAGAAGAAGGUUCAGCGUACAACAUCUUCGACAUCUGUAUCUGUUGCGGCUUCUGUCACUGACAGCAAGCUGCCUGCUCAGAAAAAGGUCAAAGUCAAGCCAUCUGCCGCACGUGCCCAUGGUGCUCCUGCCAUCAAACACCAGCUGAACGUGGAUACUACGCCAGACCACAUAAAACCUCGUAGCUCCUAUUGCAAUGUUGACUUACCUGCCACGAUGCAGGUGGACCAACGCUGGACAAAGAAAUAUCUCCCCACUGUCAUGUUGUGGGCUGGGAGUUACGAUGAUAUCUGGAAUAUCCCAGACGAAGUCCUUCUCCUCCAUGCCCAGCUAAUUUUUAACGCGGUAUACAAGGACCUCAACAUUACCAUCGUUCAUGGUGGUGUGAUACAUUCCCUGCUCAAUACGAGCCCAGCACCAGCUCGUGUCCUACAGCGCAGCAAUUUUGGCUCAACAGGCAUAGCCAUUAUCCUGGACUUCUUGACACGAAACUCCGAUUGCGAUCUGGUUCAACUUGCCAAAUCGUUGAUUGCAGGUUAUGCAUUCUUGUUUGAGGACCCUGAAACGCCAAGUCCCCUCACAACAUAUCGUUCUCCCUUUGUUUUGCAGUUGUUAGGCACAGCGCAUCUCAAUGCCAUCAAUGGGUAUGUGGAGGUUCCCAGACUCGAUACACAUGCGCUCGCGACACGUGGGAUGUUGGGUGUUAUUGCCCUUUCUGCUGCAGCAAUCGAGCAUGCCUUCAAAUUGUUCGCGGAUAAGGAUUUGGAAGUCAAGCAAGUCUUGGCAUCUGGGUCGCGAGGUAAACUUGCCAUCAAGCUACCGAAAGUCCUCAACAAAACUACUGGGAAGAUGACCAAUGCCCCGUUCUUAUUUUCAGGGGCUCGCUGGACUAAAGUCACUACCUCAUUCAUUAAGUCUAUCGCAAGCAAGCCUGCUGGGGAGUACACAGCACAAACUUGCAGCAUCACUCUGUAUGCUAUCCGCAGCUAUUCCCUUACGAGGCGCAGCUUUCCCGCGCAAGGCACAGCAUGCGCGCACGACUUCCCGCGCUUUACUAUGUAUACGCGCGCGCGCUUUCCCGCGCUUGAGCGCCCUAUAGCGCCAGCCAUCCGGAAGCAUCCAUCCACUGUCCACCAAGUUCUCUAG